UGUCAAACUUUAAACAAAAUAUCGCAACGGCUCCCACUUACAUGAAGGCAAAUUACAAGUUCUUUAGUUAUAUUAUUAACUAUCACAACUUUCAUUUGUGAUUAGUAGAUUCUUGAUAUUGAUGUGUUCAUUAAAAUCAAAAUGUUUAUUAAGUCUAUAGUGUUAGAUGGGUUUAAAUCAUACGGAAACAGAGUUGAAAUUACGGGUUUCGACCCAGAAUUCAAUGCUAUCACAGGUCUAAACGGCACUGGAAAGUCAAAUAUAUUGGAUUCGAUAUGUUUUGUCCUAGGAAUUACCAAUCUUUCCAACGUAAGAGCUGGAAGUCUUCAAGAGCUAAUUUACAAACAUGGCCAAGCAGGAAUCACUAAAGCAACAGUGAGCAUCACAUUUGACAACCGAGACAAAAGACAAUGUCCUAUUGGUUAUGAGAACCAUGAUGAAAUCACCGUUACCAGACAGGUAGUGAUGGGCGGUAAGAACAAAUACCUAAUCAAUGGAAUUAAUGUUCAAAACAAGAGAGUGAGUGAUUUGUUCUGCUCAGUUCAGCUCAAUGUGAACAAUCCUCACUUUCUUAUCAUGCAAGGACGUAUCACCAAAGUGCUGAAUAUGAAGCCACCAGAGAUCCUAUCAAUGGUGGAAGAAGCGGCCGGGACAAGAAUGUACGAAGCUAAGAAACAAGCCGCACAGAAGACUAUUGAAAAGAAAGAUGCAAAGUUAAGGGAGUUAAAUGAUAUAAUCAGAGAAGAUAUAGCUCCUAAGCUGCAGAAGUUACAGGAUGAAAGAGCACAGUUCCAAGAAUAUCAGAAGGUUGUCAGAGAGCUGGAAAACCUCACAAGGCUCUAUGUGGCUUGGAAAUAUGUAAAAGCCGAAGAGAGUGCGAAGGAGGCGGUGGACAAAGUCACCGAAGUGCAGGAUGAGAUCAAAGCUAAGAAAGAAAAUAUAAAGAAUAAUGAAAAACAAGCAAAGGAACUAGAGAAGCAAGUUUCCGAACUCAAUAAAAAGUUAGAUGAGGAGAGCGGCAGCGCGCUGAAGGCGCUGGAGGCGCAGCUGCAGGCGGGCGGGCGCGAGGAGGCGGCGCGCGGCGCGGCGCAGCGGGGCGCGCUGGACGCGCUGCGCUCGCACGCCGCGGCGGCGCGUCUGCUGCAGCGCGCCGCCGCCGACGACGCCGCCGCGCUCGCCAUCAAGCGCGCCGAGCUCGACGAGACGCGCGCGACGGCGGCGGCGCUGCGCGGCGCCAGCGAGGCGAGCGCGGCGCGGCUGGCGGCGGCGCAGCGGCGCUUCCUGUCCGUGAGCUCCGGCCGCGAGGGCGCCGCCGACUCGCUGCAGGACCAGCUCAUGGCGGCCAAACAAGAGGCGUCCGAAGCGUCGACCCGUAUAUCGCAGAGUAUGAUGGAGAAGAAACACGCAGAGGAAAGACUGAAAGCCUUGGAGCGGGAGUUCCAGUCCAGCAGCUCGCAGUACCAAAAAGACAGAGAAAGUAUUGAUAAGCAUCAGGCGGAAGUUAAUAAGUUAGAAGCCGAAUUAUCAGGUAUGAAUUUCAGCGAAGACCGAAGCAGAGAGCUCAAGGAGUCGAUACGCUCCCUGCAGAGCAGCAUCCGCAGCCAGCGCGACCGCGCCGACCAGCUGGCCGCCACGCUGCAGCGCUGCGACUUCCACUACACGCCGCCGCAGCGAGACUUCGACCGCGCCAGGGUCUGCGGCACGGUGUGCCGGCUGAUCCGCGUGCGCGACGCGCUGCACUGCACGGCGCUCGAGACCACGGCCGGCGGCAGGCUGUACAACGUGGUGGUGGACACGGAGCAGACGAGCAAGCUGCUGCUGCAGCGCGGACAGCUGCGCACGCGCACCACCAUCAUACCGCUCAACAAGAUCUCCGCCAGCGUCGUGCCGCCGGACGUCGUGGCGCUCGCGCAGGACAUCGGCGGCGGCGCGGACGCCGUGCAGCUGGCGCUGGCGCUGGUGUCGUUCGAGGAGGCGGUGCGGCCGGCCGUGGCGUGGGUGUUCGGCUCCACGCUGGUGUGCGGCGCGCUGGCGGCGGCGCGCCAGGUCACGUUCCACCCGCGCGUGCGGCGGCGCUGCGUCACGCUGGACGGCGACGUGUUCGACCCCGCCGGCACGCUGUCGGGCGGCGCGCGCCACCAGGGCGGCUCGGUGCUCGUGCAGCUGGCGCAGCUGCGCGAGCUGGAGGACGAGCUGCGGCUGGCGGAGGCGCAGCUGGCGCAGAGCUCGAAGGAGUACGCCGCGUUGCAGCACGCCGGCGAAAAGUAUACGGCUCUGCAGCAGAGGCUGGAGAUGUCGCGGCACGCGCUGCGCGUGGCGAGCGAGCGCGUGGCGGGCACGGCGCACGCGCAGCUGCACGAGGAGAUACAGGCGCUGCGGGAGCGGGUUUCGGAAUUGACGGAAGCCGUGGAACGAGACAAACAGACCCAAAAUGAAACUGCAGCAAAGGCGAGGGAGUUGGAAGCCAAAGUGAAGGAUAUCAAGGGACAUAGGGAAAGGGAGUUCAAGAAAGCGGAGGAAGAAUUAAAUACGGCCAAGAAGGAGGCGGAGCAGAACAGUCAGUCGUGGAAGCAGCGCGAGCAGGAGUUCGAGACGUUGCGCCUCGAGGUGGACGAGCUGCAGCGAGCCGUGGCUGCCAGCACCGAGCAGCUCAGCGACGCCAACGCCGCCAGCGAAGGCCUCCGCGCCGCCAGCGACGAAGCCGCCGCCCACCUCGCCGCCGCCACCGCUGUCGUCAAAGAAUUGCAGUCGAAAAUAAAGAAGCAGAAGGCGGAAAUAGCGAGUCGAAACGGCGACAUAGCUCGGUUACUGCAGAAAAAAGAUCAGCUCGGAGCGAGCAACAACGAUCUGGAACUUAAGAUCAAGGAGUUGGAUUACAAGAUCAAGGAGCUGCAGAAUGAAGCGUCCGAGUGGGAAAAGAAGAUCAAAGCACUGGAGACGGAGAACCCGUGGAUCCCGGGCGAGCGGCAGUACUUCGGGCUGGCGGGCGGCGCGUACGACUUCGAGUCGCGCUCGGCCGGCGUGGCGGGCGCGCGCGUAGCGCAGCUGCGCGAGCGACGCGACCGCCUGGCGCGCGGCCUCAACGCGCGCGCGCACACGCUGCUGGGCAAGGAGGAGGAGCAGUACCAGGACGUCAUGCGCAAGAAGAAGAUAGUCGAGGCCGAUCGGGCUAAGCUCGUGCAGGUGAUGGCGGAGCUUGAUGAGAAGAAGCGUCGCACGCUGGCUUCGGCCUGCGAGCAGGUCAACCGGGACUUCGGCUCCAUCUUCAGCACGCUGCUGCCGGGCGCCCAGGCCAGGCUGACUCCGCCGCCGGGGUUUACCGUGCUGGAUGGUCUGGAGGUGAAAGUGGGUUUCAACAACACGUGGAAGGAGUCGCUGGGCGAGCUGUCGGGCGGGCAGCGCUCGCUGGUGGCGCUGUCGCUGGUGCUGGCCAUGCUGCUGUUCAAGCCGGCGCCGCUCUACGUGCUGGACGAGGUGGACGCGGCGCUCGACCUGUCGCACACGCAGAACAUCGGACACAUGCUGCGCGAGCACUUCCGCCACUCGCAGUUCAUAAUCGUGUCGCUGAAGGACGGCAUGUUCAACAACGCGAACGUUCUGUUCCGAACUCGCUUCGUGGACGGCAUGUCCUCGGUGCAGAGAACCGUCAACCAGAGGAGAUAGAGGAUCCGCCCGGACUGCAAUCUAAACCAGUACAAAAUCUUAACACAAAAAUACGUAUUUGUGUGUAAAUAGAUAAUCUCGCGAAUAAGUUCAAUGAUUUUAAUAAACAUAAUUACGAAAAUAAUUUGCCCCCUUGUGUUGAAGAAUCGCAGUCGCCUUUAUAAUUAUGAAUAUAAAUAAUAAUAAAUAAAUGAAUAUUUUAGUUUAUUUGGAUUCCUCGUGUCACGUAUACUUU